UCAGAUGUCUCUUCGACCACCUCACAACUACACCGACUAAUUUCAUUGGCUAAAAUUCUGCACACAGUGGAUAGCCAUUUCAUCGUCAAACGCGUGAAACUGCGUGAAAAGCAGAAGAAAGAGGGGGAAUUUGAAGAUCCAUAACAAAAGUGUAACUGGUUCCCUUUACAAUGUCUGGUGUGCCCCUUCUAAAGCGUGCAAGAGUUGAAAGCAAAACAAUCCUCUCAGCAAUAGAAGCUUGCAGCAAAGAAAUGUCCAACUUAAAACUGGCAUUCAACCAACGAUUAGCGAGUAUUGAAAAUCGCAUGGGACUUAUUACAGCAGGGUGUAAUACCAUCAUUUCAAGAAUGGAUGCUCUCGACAACUUUGUACAAAACUGUGUAAAAUCGGAUGGUCUCAGACACUCUUGUUGCGAAGAGGUUCUCCAGAAAAUUAAUACAAUAGAGGAAAUAUUAAAAUCUUCACCUGUGACGCAUCACAUUUCAUCUUUAAAAGAUGACAUUGAAAUCUCAAAUACAGAUAUAUCGUCUCCUGUGGUGUUAGUACGAAAUCACAAACCGGCGCAAGUUAGUGCAUCACUGGGACUGGAUUCCACACUACAAGUUAUCACACUAAACAGCAAGACAGACUUCCCUGAGGGAAGUUGGCUAGGGGAUGAAAAUAAUCCUGAAGCCAGAGUGCGCUGUGCAAUCACUCCAUCGAACUUACUUCAUAUAAACACAUUCUGCCAAACUCCAGAGAAAAUGGCUGUCACUCUGCUUGAUUACCUGUUUCCACGAGAGGUACUGGCCGUGUCAAACUUGUCAGGAAAAGGGAAACACCGCAAGAGACAACUGGAUCCUCUCAUGAUUUAUGGAAUUCGGUGUCAUUUAUUGUACAAAUUCAACAUCACUGAGAGAGACUGGUAUCGAAUAAAGCAGAAUAUGGAUUCAAAAUGCAGAACGGCUUGGAAGAAGAAAGUACGAGGACUGCCACUUGGAGGCUUCAGGGGUUCCAGUCAAAAUGACAGCUCUUCUCAUCAGCUGCAUCAUAUUAUCUCUGAGGAUGGAGAGCCUUUAAUUGUCGCAGCUGAUUCGUAUGUGGAGGAUGAUUCUGUUGAAGCACUGGAAGCUCAGGUCAUUCAUACAUCACAGGGUGAUAUCAAAGUUUUACAUGCGACACCUGAACAGCUUGCUCGUUUACAAGAGACACAUCACAUUCAAGUUUUGAGCGAAGAUCAAAUUUUACCGGUUUUACAUGAACAGAUAAUGGACUCAGAGGACACUGUGGUUGAGACAGCAAAUUCGCUGACACUGGGUUGUUCAGACCAGACAUUAACAAUAGUAACAUCGACAGGUGAAGUGAGUGUAGAUGUAGAAAACAUAGCAAGUCAUCACGGGCAGCUGGUGGAGACACAGGUGUUGCAAAUAGGAGACAACGGUGAUUUGGGAGUGGUGGAAACCAGCGACAGAGUAACGGAAGGAAGCGAAUUCAUUACACUUGACUGACAUGCCAAUCUGCAAACCUGAUCAGUUACAGAUGAACAAAGAAACAAGCUAAAAGUAUGAAUUCUAGGAAUUAUGUAAUCAAAAGAGUUGUUAAUCCUAUACUUUGUUUCAUUGGUAUAGGCUAUUACACACAUCCUUUGAUAAAGAGUUCAAAUUCGCAUAACAGAACAUAAACUACUUACUGAUCAAUAGGUUGCAGGGGACUUGUAAGCACACUUUAAAGACCGCUACAAAAUGCAACGCCUGAAGCCAAGAAACGUACUCAGUCCAGCUCUGUGACAACAUAUAAUGGAUGUUCUGUGCCCGUACUGUAUUUAACGCCACUACAUUUAUAGAAAUAUGUAUAUAGCAUAUACUUCUACUUCUGUUUGUCUAUGGGACAUAAUAUAUUAAUGUUGAUACACAAAUUCAUUAUCACGUGUAAUGAUUAUUGCAAUAUGUGUACCAUACAUGCAAACAAGUCAGAAUUAUAUUUUAUUCUGUAUUUAUUAUUAACGUCAAUAAAACUGCACAUCGUGAAUUGUGCAAUAAAACACGAUUCGAGUUAAAUUUUGUAUCGUUUUCUUUGUUUUUUAUUAAAGCACAUUUUUGGCCUU